UCCGUUUGGCUGCAAUUUGUUGUGUUCAUUCUCUGUUGUGAUCGGUAAAUGCUAAAGUAUUGUAUAAUAGAUUCACGUUAAGGCCUAGUGUCUGACUGUUUCAUAUAUAAAACAUAUAAUCAAAAUAGCAAUAUUACAUGCAUUUAUCUUCAUGUAGAAGCUGGAAAAAGUUGGAAUAUUUUGAAUUUUUAACUUUUGAUUAGGCUUAGCCACACCCCAUUGCGGCGUUUUAGUGACUUGGAUGCAAUCCGCUUAUUUUUAGAGGAAAUAUCAGAAAGAUUGCAUCCAAUACCUAAAUAUUUUCAAGCCCAAUGAUGGCUUGUUGCAUGAGCGAUGAAGCGAAAGAACAAAAACGUAUUAACCAAGAGAUUGAGAAACAGCUGAGGAAAGAUAAGCGGGAUGCUCGGCGAGAACUUAAACUUUUACUGUUAGGUACUGGAGAAUCCGGAAAAAGUACUUUCAUAAAACAAAUGAGAAUUAUUCAUGGUUCUGGAUACUCAGAUGAAGACAAAAGGAGUUUCAUCAAACUAGUUUAUCAAAAUAUAUUUAUGGCCAUGCAAAGCAUGAUUAAAGCCAUGGAACUACUCAAAAUUGAAUACAAAGACCCUGCAAAUUAUGAAAAUGCUGAGCUUGUUCGAAGUGUUGAUUUUGAAACAGUCACUACAUUUGAAAGUCAGUUUGUAAAUGCUAUCAGAGCAUUGUGGAAUGAUCCUGGUAUUCAAGAAUGUUAUGACAGAAGGAGAGAAUACCAGCUCACAGAUUCAGCCAAGUAUUAUCUUAGUGAUUUGGAGCGAAUUGCACUUCCAGAUUACUUGCCAACACAACAAGAUAUUCUCCGAGUAAGAGUUCCAACUACUGGAAUAAUUGAAUACCCAUUUGAUUUGGAUUCUAUCAUAUUUAGAAUGGUGGAUGUUGGGGGACAGCGUUCUGAAAGACGGAAAUGGAUUCAUUGUUUUGAAAAUGUCACAUCUAUAAUAUUUUUAGUUGCCUUGAGUGAAUAUGAUCAAAUAUUGUUUGAAUCAGAUAAUGAAAAUCGGAUGGAAGAAAGCAAGGCAUUAUUCAAAACUAUUAUUACAUAUCCAUGGUUCCAAAAUUCAUCAGUCAUCCUCUUUCUCAACAAAAAAGAUCUCUUAGAAGAAAAAAUUAUGGUUUCACACUUGGUUGACUACUUUCCGGAAUAUGAUGGUCCUAAACAAGAUCAUAUAGCUGCUCGUGAAUUCAUUUUAAAAAUGUAUCUUUCUCAAAAUCCUGAUCCAGAUCGAAUGGUGUAUUCUCAUUUCACAUGUGCAACAGAUACUGAAAAUAUUCGUCUGGUUUUCUGUGCGGUUAAGGAUACAAUUCUUCAAAACAACUUGAAAGAAUGCAAUCUUGCCUGACAGUCUGGAAAAAUUAACAGUUAUCAGUAUACUGAGAACAUUAGGUUUGUGUUUGCUGCAGUGAAAGACACCAUUCUCCAACAAAAUUUGAAAGAAUAUAAUCUUGUAUAGGUGAUAAAGUUAGAUUUUUACAGUCUCUCAACUUUUUAUGAGUCACUGUCUAGCUACCUUUUGGUUAGCUUUCUGAUGGUGAAACUCCUCAUCCUGAAAAAAAUAUAUAUAUAAUCAAUUUUGCUACUAGCAAAUAUAUAUUAUGAGGAAAAUAAAUUUCCUCUGAGGUUGUUUAUCACAGCUGACAGAAAAGUGACUUUAGUGAACACCUACUAUCAGCAAAUAAGUAUGGUGACAUUUUAAGGAUGAUUUGAUCACCGAUAGCUUCUGCUAAUUUUUGUUACGUUUUUCUGGAUGAAUGCAUGUAGUCAAGUUUAUGGGAUUUUCUUUUUUCUUUCAUCUAUAGAAGGACUUGUUAGAAUUAUCAAACCAUAACUUUUGUAAGUCCAAAAAGAUACCUGAAAUUAUAUAUGUGCCAAUCGACUUUGAAGAUAAGUAUUUGCUCAGAUUUUUGUAGUAUUAAUGCUUCAUAUUUUUUUAGCAAAAUAAGAUGGAAAUUAAGGUUAUUUUAUGUUUUUGUUUUAUAUAAUUGAUCAUACAUGUAAAGCAAAAAAGGGUAUUUUGUUUUUUACGCUUAAAAUACAUAAGUCUCUGGAACUGGGAGGAAAUAAAAACUAUAUUUAGCUGUGUUUUGUAACAUAAAUUAUAUCAUUUUGAAAGUUAUCUUCUCUGAUGCUGUUUUUUAUACUCUUUACAACUUUACUGGAAAAUAUAUGUGAAAUUGUGUUGGAGAUACACAUUAGUGACUAAUGUUCUGUGAUCGAUUAGCUCACUUUAACUCUUGUCAGAUUGUUACAUAUAUUCACCUGUGCUAAAAGCUUUGUGUUCAGAGGGGUCCAAAUUUUAAAAUGUAGGAAUGUUUGUCUUGAUUGUUGAUUUUUUAAUACAUAACUUUUAUCACCCAACCUGAUAGUUUCUUAUAAUUCUCAUUAUUCUGAACCGGUGAGUAUUUAGUAGAUGUGGUAAAAAUUAAUGUUUAGAACAUAAGAAUACUUUUCCUAUAUUUAAAGUUUGCUUAUAAAUUAUUGAUUUACGAUGUGGGUAGGUUUGAUAUAUUAAGUCCCUCUUUUUUUUUUUUUUUUUUUAAAUCUAACUAGUCAGCUGAAGUUACCUAUUUUGACUAAUGCUCUCAAAACUCUUAUGCUCAAAAAUGUAAAGAUUAUUCUUAUUAGUUACUUAUUGUAAACUGUAAAGCAGUAUAUAAUAAUUCUUUGUAUUGAUUUUGCAGUUUAUGGACAUAUUUUUAUUUAAGAGAUAGCAUAUACAAAAUAAAGGUUUUUAAUAUUUAAAUUAUUAUUUUUAUAAUAAAAAGUACCUGUGAUGUGAAAAGUAUUGAUUGAAAGAUCUUAAGGUUUAUUUCUGAAGCCAAAUCAUGUAUAAUUUUAGCGUGUGAUAUAUAUCUUUAAUAUGUUUAUAUUUUAAAAGAAUUAACGCAUCACAAAUUUGAGAUGAUUUUCUGUAAUUAUUUUAACUUCCCUGAAUCUGCCAUCAGCAUUCUCAUGCUCACUGUCUACAUAAAAACAAACAAUAUAGUAGUAAAUUAAUAGCAAAAAAACAGUGUAUUUUGAUAUGUGUAAUUAGCAUUCAUAUGAUGCAGUUGCCCUUGCAGUAUGCUAAGUAAGGGUUAAUCUGGUCACUAAUAUUUAUUAAUAAAAGUGAAUAUGUUGUUUUGUAUCAUGUUUGUAUAAAACACCUCUUGAGUGAUUGUAGGUGGUAAAAUGGACUGAUGGAGAUUCCUUUUUAUGUUUAAAAACUGGAAAGAAUUUUUAUCCUGUGUAAAAUUGUAUUGUAUAUUUACUUUAAAAGAGUGAACUUUUAAGUCAACAUUGUAACAUAUGAUUUCUUUCAUUGCGUCUUUUAUGUAAACCAUUGUUUCUGAUUGUGUAUAUUUUAAGUGCUAGCCUCCCUUAUAUUGUUGGUGCUUUCAAUACAUUACCAUUUCUUGUAUAAUGCAUGCAAUGGUAGUAUAAAGUCCUGUUUUAAUGUAAUUAAAAAUGCUUUGAUAAAUAUACACACACAUAUAUACAUAUAUAUAUAUAUAUAUUAUAGAUGAAUGCAGUGCUAAGAUUUUGUAAAAUAUAAACUGUUGCAUUUUGUCUUCUGACAUCUUUUUCAGGCAUUUGUUACAUGCCAUUAAGUGUUUGUAAAAUUAAAAUAAUUUGAAUGGUGUCUUGGCUGCUACUGUGCUCAGUAAUAUUUUAUAAUAAAACUUGAGAUCAUUUCAUAUGCUA